AUGUACGACGGCCCAAUUCGCGGAGGCACCCGUGGUGGUGCUGGUGAUUUCAAAUGGACAGACGUCAAGGAAGACAAGUAUAGGGAAAACUACCUCGGCCACACAGUCAAUGCCCCAAUCGGCCGGUGGCAAGCCAACAAGGACAUCCACUGGUACCAACGCGAUAAGGAGGGCGAUGCAGACGUUGAGGCGGAGCGAAAGAGGGAAGAGAUCCGCCAACUCAAGGAGCAGGAGGACGAGGCUCUUGCUGCGGCAUUGGGUUACAUCCCUGUCAAGCGCGACGGCGAUGGUGAGGGGACGGGCGCAAACAAUGUACCCGUUAAGCGAAAGGGCGGCGACGAUGACAAGACUCGGCGGAGGGCCGAGAAAGAGGUUCGGAAAGAGGAGCGUGCUUUAAAGCGGGCAGAACGUGAUCAGUACGAGGACGAGCACCAGUCGCGCCGUAGUAGGCGUGGCGACGACGGCUCAGGCCGCGGAGAGGCAAAUCGCCCCAGUGAGAGGAGGGAGGAACGCGAGCGCGGCUUUGACCGCGCAUACGACUCGAGACGCCGUCGAUCCGACCUGCACGAGGAAAGGACGCGUUACAAGUCGCGAACGCGUUCCCCGUCUCCUCAUCGUUGA